GUGAUGGCGGAAUACAGCAGGGUGACGAAGGCCUGCAACGAGCGCGGAGAGCUAUGGGAGGACCCGGACUUCCCUGCCUCACAGACGUCUGUGUUCUACCACCAGACUCCGCCAUUCUCGUUCACCUGGCGACGACCCACGGAAUUGGUGCAGAAUCCGAUCUUCAUCUCUGAGGAGAAUUACCAGUUCGACAUUGUCCACGGCAAGCUGGGUGACAGGUGGUUCGUGUCGUGCCUGGGAUGCCUCCACCUGACGAAAGGCCUCUUCUACAGGGUGGUGCCAGCCGACCAGGACUUUCAGCCCGAGGCCGGCUACUGUGGUGUAUUUAGAUUCCGUGUGUGGUGGUGCGGCGAGUGGCGGGAGGUGCUUGUGGACGACAGACUUCCCACCGUCAACGGAAAACUGGUGUUCGUCCACUCGCAAUCAACCAACCAGUUUUGGCCUGCACUCUUGGAGAAGGCUUAUGCAAAGCUCCACGGGUCCUACGAGGCUCUGAAGUAUGGCACAUCCCUGGACGGCCUGUCGGACUUCACGGGCGGCGUCGCGGAGUGCGUGAGCCUGCGGGCGGACCCCACGACAUGUGGGCGGCUCCUGGCUAAACUACUCAACCUCACAUCCAUCGUCACCGCCGUCGUCACUGGCCAUAACCAUGGCCAGUCCAAGAUUCAGCCGGAAAAACUAGCCAAUGGCAUCGUCAUGGGCGUCAACUACCGCAUCUACGCCAUAGAGAAGGUUGAGCGGUACAGCGGGGAGCAGGUGAGUCUCGUACGACUGAGGACGCCCCUUGGAACCAGCGGAGAGUACCUGGGCAGCUGGAGAGGGCGCGACGCCCCGGAGUGGGACGACGUCCACCAGCAUGAGAGGGACCGACUCAACCUCAAGCUUACACCGGAGGGCGAGUUCUGGAUGUCCUAUAGUGACUUCGUGCGCACGUUCACGCAGCUGGAAGUGAUCCACCUAGACGGGGAGACGUCACGAGACGAGCCCUCCCUGCGCCACAAGACGCCCUGGACGUCCCGCGUGUACCAGGGCACAUGGCUCAAGGGCGUGACAGCGGGCGGGUGCAGGAACAACGCAGACACCUUCCACAUCAACCCGCAGCUGCACCUCAUCCUCAGCGACAUGGAGGAAGUCGUCAUUUCCCUGAACCAACAUUCCGUCAUGGAGCCAAAGGUAAUAGGGUUUACAGCCUACCCGCUGUCCAAGAAUGGCCUCGACUCCAUCAGCAAAGCUUUCUUCAAGAAAAACAAAUCACUCGUCAAUUCGCAAUACACCAACAGCCGACAGGUGGGCGAGCGAGUGCAGUUGGAACAAGGGGGAUAUAUCCUUUUGCCGACCACCUUCGAACCCGGGCAAGAAUCUUCCUUCACUCUGAGGGUGUUCUCCUCAAAGCCUCUUAAACUCAAGCUAGUAGACACAGCCCCAUCUUUAGUAAAGCCGGCGCUGCUGAAGGCCCGAGGCUCAGUGGAUGGGAAGAGCCUGCAACAGUACGAAGCCGUGUUCCUCCAGGUGGCUGAUGAACACCGCACUGUAAAUGCUUUUGAACUCCACGAACUGCUCGAGGCUUGCUUACCCAAUGAUUACAUCAAAAGCUGUGCUAGUCUUGACAUCUGCAGACAAGUCAUCCUGGCUCUAGAUAGUUCAUCCACAGGGAGACUGAAAUUCUCAGACUUCAAAGACUUGAUGGUGAGUCUGAAAUUCUGGCAGAAUGCCUUCAAGAGCCACACGAAAGAGCGAACUGGAAUCCUGAAAGCCGAGAGACUUCGAGAUGCCCUGGAGGAUGUCGGAUUCCAACUGAACACGGAGGUUGUAUCCACGCUGGUGCUGCGCUACAUGAGGAAAGACGGAACAUUAAGGUUCGGGGACUUUGUCAGUGCAGUUCUCCAUCUCUCAGUUGCGUUCAAUAUUUUUGAGAAGCGAGACCCUCUACAGAAUGGCGCCAUCAAAUUCUCUUUGGGCGAGAAUGAUGUACAGAACGCCAUCUUUUAUACUCGCUGGAUUAAAUUUUAUAUAUUAAAAUCUUUUUAUGUACAACAGUUAUGCUAAUUUGCUCUGUAAAUAAGAUAGAAAAAACUGUUUUAUGCACCUUAGUUUGCUUCAGUUACAAAUAUGUAAGACUUCCGUGCAAGGCAGUAAUUUAUGAAAGAACCUUUUUGUCUAAUACAUUCUGAAAGGUAUAUAGCAAGCCUGUUCAUUAUUUUCAUUGCUGCUAAUAUCUUCAUAAUUAUUGCAAUUAUAGGUGUUGC